GGCACUGCGCGCGUCCGCAGUGCGCGUGCUCCCGUGACACAUCCGGCGGUCUCUCAAUCGAUCCGCGAGAGGAAGAUGGCGCUGGAUGGAGCGAGCUGGGCAGCAUCGAUCCCCGAAGCACUCGAUCGGCUCUGGUGCUGAACUCUUCACGUCACUUCACUGAACCCGGUACCGGAGACGCCACCGCGCACAGAGCAUCCAGCCUCUUCCGCCCUCCCUCACGGCUUCGGGGCGAUGGAGUUCCCAUGGCACAGUGGGAAAGUUCUGGAGCAACUGAACCGGCAGCGCAGACAGGGCCUGCUGUGUGACUGCACCUUUGUUGUGGACGGGGUGGACUUCAAGGCCCACAAAGCUGUGCUGGCGGCCUGCAGUGUCUACUUCCGCACCCUGUUCCUGGACCAGAAAGAUGUGGUGCACCUGGACAUCAGCAAUGCAGCAGGUUUGGGUCAGGUCCUGGAGUUUAUGUACACAGCCAAGCUGACAUUAAGUCCACAGAAUGUAGAAGACGUGCUGGCUGUCGCUAACUUUCUACAGAUGCAAGAAAUUGUAAAUGCCUGCUCUGCCUACCAGUCAAUGGCAAAUCCUGCUCCGUCCCUCAUAACACUGGAUUUCGCCGUUGAAGAGAAACAAGGUGAAGUAGAGCAGACUGAGGAACUGGAGAGUGACCUGGCAGAAGUGGCAUCUCAAGCAGAGGAGAGUCCCUGCACCCCCACAGAAGAUGAAAAGCCCACAGAAAAUGAGGAAAAUGUAACGGAAGACAUCCCCACCCAAACACAACAGACUGUUUCUCGGCCCAACCCUGCCAGAACCCCCUCGGGCCGAGGACGAUCCCCCAAAACAGGUCCCGUUACUGCUCAAAAGAAGAUAUCUGUAAAGAAGGAGGAGGAAAGUGCUGCACCAGAUGCACCUGCAUUUCAAGAUGACCCAUCUGAUGCUGACUACACGCCCAAAUCCCAGCUGAAACCUGCUGGCAGCUCAUCAUACAUGAGCUCUCGAGGGAGACGAAUCAGAAAACCUCCUCGGCGAAACUUCCCACCAGACAAUGACUCAGAGGAAGAAGGCACGUCAAAGACCAAAACUCAGAAGAGGGUGGCAGAGCCGGCAGAAGAAGCCGGUGAACAUGAGGACGACUGUGAGGAGACCCGCGACGGAGAAGCUGACGACGAAGAGGGGUCUGAAGAGGACGAUGACGAUGACAGCCUGCAGGGGGACGGGGUCAAUUCGGGCAGCGAGAGAGACGGGACACAAACCCAUUCAGCGUCUAUGAGCAGCCGAUCCGAGUCAAAGCCUUACAGCUCCGUGACACACGAAUGUGAGGACUGUGGGAAGAAAUUCACCCACACUGGUAAUUUCAAGAGACACAUGCGCAUUCACACAGGAGAGAAGCCGUUCAGCUGUCGGGAUUGCAACAAAGCUUUCUCUGACCCUGCGGCCUGUAAAGCCCACGAGAAAACACACAGCCCUCUGAAGCCAUACUGCUGCUCGACCUGCGGGAAGAGCUACCGCCAGAUCAGCCUGCUCAACCUGCACCGCAAACGGCACACGGGCGAAGCGCGGUACAGCUGCGAAGUGUGCGGCAAGCUCUUCACCACGUCUGGCAACCUGAAGCGCCACCAGCUGGUGCACAGCGGCGAGAAGCCGUACCACUGCGACUACUGCGAGAAGGCUUUCUCCGACCCCACCGCCAAGAUGCGACAUCUGGAGACGCACGACACGGAGAAGGGCAACAAGUGUUCAUACUGCGACAAGCGCUUCAACCAGCCGGGAAAUCUGAAGGCUCACUUAAAGAUCCAUAUCACAGACGGGCCUCUCAAGUGCAAGGAAUGUGGCAAACAGUUUACUACUUCAGGAAAUCUGAAGAGACACCUGCGAGUCCACAGUGGGGAGAAACCGUACAUCUGUAUGCACUGCCAGAGAGCUUUCAGUGACCCUGGAGCUCUGCAGCGGCAUGAACGCAUCCACACAGGAGAGAAGCCCUGCGUCUGUCUUAUCUGUGGCAAGGCCUUCACGCAGGCCAGCUCACUCAUCGCUCACGUCCGCCAGCACACAGGAGAGAAGCCCUACGUGUGUGAUCGCUGUGGCAAAAGGUUCGUGCAGUCCAGUCAACUGGCCAAUCACAUCCGGCAUCACGACAAUGUCCGGCCACACAAGUGUCAGAUGUGCAACAAGGCAUUUGUUAAUGUGGGAGACCUGUCGAAGCACAUCAUCAUUCACACAGGGGAGAAACCUUUCCUGUGUGAUAAAUGCGGCCGAGGGUUCAACCGGGUGGACAACCUGCGCUCCCACGUUAAGACCGUCCACCAAGGCAAGGCCGGCAUGAAGCGGCUGGUGAUGGCCGGGGGCAUCUCGGAUGAGGGGGGCGACGGGUGCGCAGGGGCGUCCACCUCCGACAGCGAGAUCAACAUAGUCACCGUCACCACAGAGGACAUCGUCACCCUGGCAACCGAGGCCCUGGCAGCCAGUGCAGUAGCUCAGCUGACAGUAGUUCCAGUGGCUGCUUCAGUGUCUGCAGAUGAGACGGAGGCUUUGAAAGCUGAAAUAACCAAGGCGGUAGAGAAAGUACACGAAGCAGACCCCAACACCCAGAUCUUGUACGCUUGUGAUUCAUGUGGUGAUAAAUUCUUGGACGCCAGCUCCCUGGCCCAGCACGUACGCAUCCACACAGCUCAGGCCCUGGUCAUGUUUCAGGCAGAUUCUGACUUCUACCAAUACACCACAGCCACCACCGCUGAGGGGGAUUCUGCCACAACAUGGCAACCCACAGCUGAACAAGUCAUCCAGGAAGGAGAACUGAUCUUCCGCACCCAGGUUGGAGAGGGAGAGGCAGAGGGAGAGGGAGAGAUAGUGGGGGAGACGCAAGAAGAAAGGCCUGGAGAGGUGAUUCAUGAGGAGGGGAGGGAGGAGGAAGAGGUAGAAACUCAUACUGAGAUCCACCUAGAAGGAAAAGAUGAAGCUGCAGCAGAGGUAGAGGAGGAAAAACAAGAGGAGAUGGAAUGUGAGAGUCAGGCUUAGUGAGGCCGAUUUGUGAAAGUGUAUGAAAUAUUGCUGGUAAAAGAAGUCCCAGAGUUUCAACAUGCCAUGAUGUUAAAUUAAUCUAAACUGGAUUCAUAACAUACAACACUUUAUACACAAUUUUAUCUUUGAAUGUAGGGUCAAAAAUCAUGUGUUUUGCAGUCCUAAUUCCAGAAAUGAGAUAAGAUUAAGUAAUUAGGUAAAUAUUGUUGAUAAUUCUUCCAGAGAUGUUUAUAUUUCGUUGUAUAGUCCGUUUAUUUUUAGAAUGAAAUGCAGCACUAUGCACUGUCCUUUGUAUUUACAUCGCAUUUACUAAGAGAAGGUGUCUGUGUUAUUUUUUCCAUUUCGCUCAGAAGAGAUAUGUACAUUUUCCUUAAAUAGUCAAACUAUUUUAUUGUACUUAGUUGUAAGUAUUUUCAUGAAAAUCCCCUAAUACAGAGAUGAUCUACAUGAACAUGUGGGGGUCCUGAAGAUUUAAUCGGGUGGUAAUUAUUACCUCUUCCUUUUUCCAGAAGUGGGAUGUCAUGGAUUUGUGUACUGGCAAACAUUGUAAAUGCUGUGCAUGUAUAAUAUUUGUAUAUUUGUUAUGCGUCCUCUAAAAGAGGUCUUUAUUAACCUCUGCUUAAAGAGAAAUAAAGAUAUAUAUAUAUAUAUAUAUCAAUCAGGAAAUGACAACCUGGUCAACAAUUCGCCGUUUCACUCCCAGUUUACAAAAACAGUUGUUUUUCUGUUUUUGCAGUAAACUAGUCAUAACAGUAUGAUGAUGGUUCCCUGUCACCAAUGGUUUUACGUCUUCAUUUUGUCUGCUUAUAUUAACACCUGUAAGAUGCCCCAGUAGAUAUCAGUAACAUUGCUUAGGCUCACUGGAAGUCAUCAUCUCCUCAAUAAAGAGU